CUCAGCUCAGCCUGUGUUAUAAAAAAAACUUGAUCAGAGCUUCUUCAAUCCAUUCUCCGAAACCCUAGAACUCACUUUUCCGGCGAAAAUGGAGGAAUCUCGCCGGUCGGAGAUCCGUCUAAAAGUCAACUCCCGCCGUUUCGGCGGCGGAAACAUCAUCCAUCCGGUUGAAGUCGAACAAUCAUCACCGACACCUUUUCCGGCCGCCGUGAAUCAAAGUCAAACACCUUCACCGUUCCGAGAAGUUAAGCAUUUUAAGAAGUGGUUACCGUGGUUGAUACCUACUUUCGUUAUAGCUGAUACUGUACUGUUUAUAAUCACUAUGUAUGUCAACGAUUGCCCUAAAAAUUCGGUAUCUUGCAUCGCUACGUUCCUCAAGAGGUUAUCGUUUCAGCCGUUUAAAGAGAAUCCUCUUCUCGGACCUUCUUCUGAGACGCUACAUAAGAUGGGGGCUUUGGAUGUGAGUAAAGUGGUUGAUGAUCACCAGGGGUGGCGGCUUAUUACUUGCAUUUGGUUGCAUGGUGGACUUUUUCAUUUGUUGGCAAACAUGUUGAGUCUCUUAGUUAUUGGCAUUCGGCUUGAGCGAGAAUUCGGGUUCAUACGCAUUGGAUUGCUUUAUGUAAUCUCGGGGUUUGGUGGCAGUUUGUUAUCUGCACUUUUCCUUCAGUCCAAUAUCUCGGUUGGCGCUUCCGGUGCAGUUUUUGGGUUGUUGGGUGCAAUGCUUUCAGAACUCAUAACUAAUUGGACUAUAUAUACUAAUAAGAUGUCAGCAUUAUUGACUCUAGUGAUCAUUAUUGUUAUUAAUCUGGCGGUGGGGAUUCUGCCACAUGUCGACAAUUUUGCUCAUCUCGGUGGGUUCUUUUCUGGUUUUCUUCUUGGGUUUGUGUUCUUAAUGCGCCCCCAAUUUGGAUGGGUUAACCAAAGAUACACGCCUGCUUAUUCAAGAACCGGAGCUAAACCUAAAUACAAGACGUAUCAGCGUGUCCUUUGGCUUCUUUCACUCAUCCUUGUGGUGGCCGGGUUGAUCGCUGGCCUUGUUUCACUUCUGCGUGGAGUCAACUUAAAUGAUCACUGUUCUUGGUGUCAUUACAUGAGCUGUGUGCCUACUUCACGGUGGAGCUGUGACACAGAUCCUGUGUCAUGCAUGUCUGUACAAACGGGUAAUCAGUAUACGUUAACAUGCUCCGAUGGUGGUAAAAACGGGACCUACUUGCUGGACAACCCGAACCAGUCGAUGAUACGAAGUCUUUGUAGUCAACUUUGUCGAUGAUUGCUAGCGAUGGUACAUACGUUUGUUUACAAACAAUGUAUUUGUAUGAUAUGAUUCUUUUUAUUUGUUUUUGGUUAUAGUAUCUGAACAUUUUGAGGGAUAUGACUAUGGUAUACCAAACUUAACAUAUAUGCAUUUAUUUUAAUGGAUUGAUUACAUUU